ACGAGUCAAAGUGAAAGUAAAUCUUCCUGGACUGACACACCUCGCCGUCCGUUUGCUGGGCUUUUAGUUUUACUGAGAGACAAAAUGUCUUCCAAAUCAGACGAGAAUUUCUCUUGUUCCAUCUGCCAUGAUAUCUACAAAGAUCCUGUUUUCCUGUCAUGCACCCACAGCUUCUGUAAAGCCUGUGUGCAGAGAUGGUGGAGGGGGAAACAGACUCUUCUGUGCCCGUGCUGUAAGAGAAAAUCACCAACGAGUGAUCCACCUCGAAACUUGGCUUUGAAGAACCUGUGUGAGGCGUUCGUUAAGGAGAGAGAUGGCAGAGGUUCAGUAAAGUCUGAGGUUCUCUGCAGUCUGCACGCUGAGAAGCUCAGACUCUUCUGUCUGGAUCACAAGGAGGCCGUGUGUCUCGUCUGCAGAGAUUCAAAGAAACACACCGGCCACACAUUCAGACCCAUCGAUGAGGCUGCACAGGAUCACAGAGAGGAGCUGCAGAAACAUCUGAAGCCUCUGCAGGAGAAACUGAAGCAGCUGGAACAAGUGAAAGAAAACUGGGACCAAACAGCACAGCACAUCCAGGUCCAGGCCCGACACACAGAGAAGCAGAUACAGGAGCAGUUUGAGAAGCUUCGCCAGUUUCUAAAGGAGGAAGAGGAGGCCAGGAUCACUGCUCUGAGGGAGGAAGAGGAGCAGAAGAGUCAGAUGAUGAAGGAGAAGAUUGAGGCUCUGAGCAAAGACAUAGCAGCUCUGUCUCACACAGUCAGAGAUACAGAGAAGGAGCUGAGAGCUGAGGACGCCUCAUUCCUGUUCAACUACAAGGCUGCAGUGGAACGAGUCCAGCAGCGCCCCCUGCAGGAGGAUCCACAGCUGCUCUCAGGAGCUCUGAUAGACGAGGUCAAACACCUGGGCAACCUGACCUUCAACAUCUGGAACAAGAUGAAGGAGAUGGUCUCCUACAGUCCUGUGGUUCUGGAUCCCAACACCGCCGACCCCGAGCUCGUUGUGUCUGACGAUCUGACCAGUGUGAGAUCUGGAGCUCGGCGUCAGCUUCCGAAAAACACGGAGAGGACCAAGUUCUCCUGCUCCGUCCUCGGCUGUCAAGGGUUUGACUCAGGGACUCACAGCUGGGACGUUGGCGUCGGAGACAACAAGGACUGGGAGCUGGGCGUGCUGGGAGAGCACGGCCAGAAGAGCGAAGGCCUGAAGGCCGGACUGUGGAGAAUUAUGUUCUCCAACACGAAGCUGACAGCGUUCUCCACCUCAGGCUCAGAGCAGGACCUGUCUCUGGAGAAGAAGCUCCAGAGGAUCAGGGUUCGUCUGGACUUUGACGAAGGAGAACUGUCUUUCUAUGAUCUCGACUCCAACACACACAUACACACAUUCACACACACUUUCACCGACACUGUGUUUCCAUACAUUUACACAGAGAGUCGUCUCCCAGUGAAGAUUUUACCAGUGAAGGUGUCUGUGAGCGUGGAACAGACCAGUUAGAGAUCAGGAUGACAGAGUAAGACAAUAUCUACCGAGAUAGGAAAAUUCUCAAAAUUCUUUUCAUUUGCCAAGAUAUCAUUUAUAUUAUUAUCUUUGGUCAUUUUAAA